GUUGAGCGUCGCAUUUUGAACAACCUUGAUAGACAGUCCGUCUCAAUGUCAUAAUAUCUUCAGUCAUGGCUCAGGAAAUGGAGACAUUUGCCGCUCGUCUCUCUAGUUUUGAUCGGGUCUUGUACCCUGAGCAACGGAGAUCAUCCCUCACGUCCGCAGAGCCUAUUGCUUGGCCUCACAGUAGGCCAUCACCAGCAGAGCUUGCGCAUGCAGGAUUCUUCUAUCAUCCCUACGAAACGAAUCCGGACAAUACGAUAUGUUUCUUGUGCCGGAGAGCGCUAGACGGCUGGGAGGAGGAGGACAACCCAAUCACGGAGCAUUUGAAGCAUGCGCCGGACUGUGGAUGGGCUGUCAUGAUGGAAAUUCAAGAGCACAGUUCCAAUCCCGCCGAGAUUGAAGAUCCGACCAGCGAGCGCAUCGUACAGGCAAGACAGGCUACCUUCGGCGAAGCAUGGCCUCACGAUGGAAAGCGGGGCUGGACAUGUCAGUCAGACAAGAUGGUUGAAGGCGGAUGGUACUUUUGCCCGAAUGAAGAGAGCAACGACCUGGCCACUUGUGCCUAUUGUAAAUUGUCGCUCGAUGGCUGGGAGCCGAAAGAUGAUCCAUUCGAUGAACAUUACCGUCGGUCCUCGGACUGUUCUUUCUUUGUGUUCGCUCAACCUCCUACUACCAAGAAAGCAAAGAAUCCCCGCGCAAAAAAGGGGCGAGUCUCAAAGGCGGCCCGUCUCUCGACCCAGUCCACUCUCUCAGAGGCACCUGUGCCUGAAGUUGACGAUUCAAUGGACCAAAGCGCUAUAUCUCAAUCAACCACGAAAUCCAAGUCGUCAAAAAAGUCAACCAAGUCCAAGUCUAAAUCUAAGAAGAAGGACGAGCAAAUUGAUCUGGGAAGCCAAAUGGACAUGGACAGCACAUAUCAGAGCCAGCCAGAACCGCCUAAGGCGAAACGCACCCGAGGCAAGAAGAGAACAAGUGAGGACCUCGUCAAGGAUGAAGUAAACGUUGAAGCAGAGGUAGAGCAGAAACCCGAGCCCCCAGCGAAGAAAAGAGCAACCAAAACACGAGUUAGUGCUCAACAACAGGAAUACGAGGAACAACCCGAAGCCGUCACAGAAAGUGUGCCUCUCGAGGAGUUCCGUGAAGAGGAGAAACCGAAGAAGGGUCGCGGUACGAGCAAGAAGAAGACUGCGACCAAGAGCCGAAAUGUGUCCGUUGGUUCGACGACAUCUAAGGUUCCUGCUGCGUCCGAGGAGCCCCGGGAUCCAGAACCUGAAACAGUAGUUGAGGCCCAUUCAGAGCUCGAAAAGACUAACGUCGAGGCGCCUAUCGAGGAACCAGCACCGAAGCCGCCCAAAAAGUCGAAGUCCAAGAAGAAAACGAAACCGGCCCCAGAGCCGGUUGAGCAUACAGAAGAGCACAGCGUGGAAGUCGAGCCUCAGCCUGUUGAGGAGCCAGAACCACAGCAGUCACCGAAGCCUCAACCGCCAGUUCAAGAAUCACGGCAAACGAGACGUUCGAGCAAACGGCAGAGCGCGAGAAACUCGACUACUGUCAAAGCUGAACCUCAAGAAGAAGGGCAUCAGGAAGAGCUAGAAGAAGAUCAGCUUCAAGAAUCCGACAUCUCCAGUCAAGAGCAAGUUAACAAACAGAGACAUGAGUCGUUUGUGUCUGUAGAAAUCGCGGCGAGGGCUCCAAGCAGGGAACCUGAGGGAGAGGCGGAGGAAGAGGAUGGGAAGAUGAGGCUUAAUAGGAAGGAGUCGACCGAGAAGCAGAAGAAGUCCAGGAAAUCAGAAGAAGGCCCUGCCGAGAUUACUCAAGAAGAACAUGCUGCAAGCGAGAUCGAAGAGACGGUUCUUGACAUGGAUGGCCAGACGCUUCUGGGACAACCCGAGCAAGAAGAACCACAAGUGCAGACGCCUGUGCAGCAAUCUGCAAGACGCAGGUCAUCGAGAGUCCCUCCUAAGACUGUCGAGAGAUACAGUGAUAUCCCGAAGGAGAAACAAUAUGCGACGUCACUCGUUGAGUCGCGCAACUCACAAGGCCACCCGAGGUCAGAAAGUGCCAACCCAGACGAUGAAAGCGAACAGGAACCAGAAACCUACUCGCCUCUGCCAUCGCCGUCCAAGACUACUCCUUCGCUGUCGCCUCAAUCAUCUGAUGCCGAAAACCACCCUCCUUCUCUAAAGCCGUCACUAAAACCACCUACAUCUCGACUCUUUGUUCCCUCACCCUCUAAGCAGCAGGCAGCCCGGAUCCCAUUUGCCGCCAGUACACCCUCGCCGUCCAAACGGGCUGCGAACACGGGCUUUCUCAACACCACGCAUCCGUGGAUUCCCAUUGAUAUCGAUUCUAUUAUUCUGGCUGGCAAGAGCGAUACGGAAAAUGUCGACUUCUCCGAUAUCUUGAACAGCACUAAGGGCGAACUGAGCAGUCUAGAGAAGAAGAUGACAGUCGAAGAAUGGAUCAGGUGGAACGCACAGAAUGGCGAAGAGAGACUCAAACGCGAAUGUGAGAGGUUGGUUAGUCAAUUCGAGAAGGAGGGUGCUCGGGCGAUGCGCGUGUUGGAAGGUAUUGAGUGUAUGGAUUGAUUGGUGUCUAACGGGUACAAACGGUCAGGAGUCUUUGGGAUGGAUCAUGGGCAAAGGGCUUUGGUUACUUGAUUCUCAUGGGGUUUUUUCUGUUCUGUUUUCUUGAGGGGCACAAAUCUUCCAGCAUUUUGUCACAUAGAGAUGCGGUCCGU